AAAGACAGCGGAUAUCAAUCUUGUAUCUAGCAAUGUGACUAGCAUUCCGUUACGGACUGUUGGCGAGAUCACUUGGAAAAGUCGCACCGCCCAUACUAAGAAAAGAUAAUGAUGAAUGUGCGAUACGCGAGAACAUGAACAGAGGUCCAAAGUGCGUCUGCUCUUUUUGCUUUUCCUGACGAACAUCGCAGGAGUAAACAAGUCAAGCGAAGUAAUUAUGACGUCCUUGACGUAUCUGCCGCCAAUCGCAAGGCUUUCCAGCAAAGUGAUUCGAAUCCUGGGGUGCAAUCCUGGUCCGAUGACGUUGCAGGGCACAAACACUUACCUCGUAGGCACUGGACGCAGACGUGUGCUGGUCGAUUCUGGAGAAGCAAAGACGGCCAAUGAUUACAUAAAACUCUUGGACAGUGUAUUAAACGAGGAGAAUGCGACUAUUGAGCAUUUGGUGGUCACACAUUGGCAUCACGAUCACAUUGGAGGAGUGGAACCCGUGCGGAACUUAAUAAAGAGAUUGUUUCCCAUGGAAAAGCAGGUAACCGUGUGGAAAUUGCCACGAUCGCUGAAUGAUACAAGUAGCUCGGAUUGUGAGAAAUCAAUUGAAUGGAAACCUCUGAAGAACGAUCAAGUUGUGGAGGUCGAAGGAGCAAAGCUUCAAGUAAAGUACACGCCAGGGCACACCAGCGAUCAUGCAUGUCUGCUGCUGCAGGGCGAGAAUAUUUUGUUCAGUGGGGAUUGCAUCCUCGGGGAAAGCACGACAGUCUUCGAAGAUCUCCACGAUUACAUGUUGUCGCUAAAUAAAAUCCUGGAGAUACAGCCCAAGAUAAUUUAUCCGGGUCAUGGGCCAGUUCUUAACGAUCCUAUGUCACAGAUACAGUAUUACAUUAAGCACAGGCAGCAGAGAGAGGAGGAGAUUUUACAGAUGUUGCAACAACAGGGAAAUGAUAAAUCGAUGACGGAGAUGGAUAUUGUUAAGCUGAUAUAUAAGGGUACUCCAGAGAAAUUGUGGUUAGCUGCAGCAUUUACUGUGGGACAUCAUCUUCGCAAGUUAGCGAAAGAGGGGAAAGUGUUGCAAGAAGAAGAAGGUGGCUGGCGGAGAAUUAGAGGCAAAAUAUAGAUAGGUGUACCAUAUGAAGAAUUUUUGUAUAACAAAUACUUUUUUCCUCUUUCACAGAUUCCUUUUCCAGGAAAAAGUAUAUGCGUGUUAAUACGUGUUUUCGUGAAAUGGAGUUUUUGGUCGAGAACGACCAAAUAUAUUUUUUACCAUUUCUUAGUGUAACAUAGCGUCUCAAGCUAUCAAGUUGUGAUAACAUUUGCUUGAUACGAAAAUUUUGUAACCUAUACUUAUGAAAUAGUAAUUCACAAACACAUAUGUAGUUUGCAUGAACAAAUAACGUCGAGUUUUGGAAUUAGACUUAGACGCUUUAUCGCGACAAAUUUGUUAUACGAAAAUUGACAAACAUGCUUGUAUCAUAGGUUGCGUGAGAUAUUGUAUAUAGAAACAUGUUGAUACGCUUAAAAAACGGCAACCUCCGGUGACAUCGUCUCGGAGUUCGAGCUUCGCUUUAGAAUCCCCUAAGGAGUCGAAAUAAAAUUUUGAUUGAAAACUUAUUGUAUAAAAUGUUAAUCCUGG